AUGACACUCGUUGCCGCCGGCCGACUGCGACCCCGUCGCCCAGCAACCGCGACCCCGUCGCCCCCGCCCACGCUUCCUGCCGCCGUGGCGGCCCCGUCGCCGCCUGCGAAUUCCACCGCCAUUGCACCCUCCUCCUCCCCACCGCUCACUCCCUGCUAUUACAACUGCAACCGCAACUGCACCCUCCCUUCCCCCUCUUCCUCUCCCUCUUCCCUCCCCCCCCCCCUCUCCCCGUCCUCCCCUUCCCCUCGCACCCCUCGUCGCCGCGGCCUACCUACCGCCGCCGCCCCUCGCAUCGUCGCCGCGGCCCUUCCGCCGUCGCCUGCGCCCUCCGUCGCCGUGACCUGCACCUGCACCCCCUCCAUCCCCUCCCUCCUCCCAUGCCUCUCCCGCCUUUCCGCAGCAGCAGCGGCAGCAGCAACAGCAGCAGCAGCAGCAGCAGUAGCAGCAGCAGCAGCAGCAGCAGCAGCAGCAGCAGCAGCAGCAGCAGCAGCAGCAGCAGCAGCAGCAGCAGCAGCAGCAGCAGCAGCAGCAGCAGCAGCAGCAGCAGCAGCAGCAGCAGCAGCAGCAGCAGCAGCAGCAGCAGUAGCAGCAGCCGGGGCAGCAGCAGCAGCAGCCGGGGCAGCAGCAGCAGCAGCCGGGGCAGCAGCAGCAGCAGCCGGGGCAGCAGCAGCAGCAGCCACAGCAGCAGCAGCAGCCGCAGCAGCAGCAGCAGCAGGUGCAGCAGCAGCAGCAGCGGCAGCAGCAGCCGCAGCAGCAGCAGCAGCAGCAGCAGCAGCAGCAGCACCAGCAGCAGCAGCAGCGGCCUCAGCAGCAACGCGCCACAUCUCGCUCCUCCCCUUUCCUUCUUCCCCACAUGCACACCCGUUCCCUGGAUCCCAUCCUUGGGACCCCUCCUCCUCCUUCCCUGCAACUCCUUGA